AUGCAGUCUGCUAAUACAUUCCUGAGAAAAAUUGCAAGUUCUGUCCUUCCAUUUGCUGCACAACAUGGGAUGAGAAAGGAUUUGUUUCCACUCAGCCGAGCUCUGAGUUUAUCACUUUGCCUGAAGCAGGAUAAUUCAUGCAGUCCCUCAGAAAAGCUAGACUUAGAUGCAUGGAAAAAGGUAAUGAAGGCUGGGCUGCAAGAAGAAGUCAGUGAGACGGUCUCUGACAGUGAGGAGUUUUCAAGUUUGGCUCAAGCACGUGAGAUUUUGGCCAUGUGGAGACUAGCUGGCAGAUCAGUUCCAGAAAAUAUCACUGACGAACAGCUAAAAGCCUUUACAGAAUGUCCUUCCAAGUCGGCCAAAAGGAAGUAUUUAAAAUUUUUGUACCUCAAAGAGCUUCGCAAGAAAAAGGACAAAAUUAAGCUGGAUGAGAAAAGGCAGAGGAGGCUGGAAUCCCAAAAGGAAGCUCCAACUGCCGACGAGACCAGAAGGGACUCGUUCAUGUACGUGCAGGCCAGCGCCAUGGACAGGGCGUACAACUGGCGAGUGGCCCAGGCCAUGGUCUUUGGUCAGCCUCUGGUCUUUGACAUGUCCUAUGAGGAGGAGAUGUCCCCCCGAGAGCUGACCAACGCCGUGACACAGCUAGUGUACGGCGAGGGCUGCAACCGCCGGGCUGCAGACCCCUUCCACAUCCACUUGUGUAACCUCAGAGAGGGCAGCCUCUACCAUAGGGAGCUGCUCAAGCAUUACAGGGAGGCCUGGGGCAAGCUGCUCGUCACCGCCACGGAGCGGUGCUACACAGAGGUCUUCCCCAAGCACCAGCUGAUCUACCUGACUGCCGAUUCUCCCAGGGUGAUGAAAACAUUUGAUCACAAUAAAAUCUACAUUGUGGGGUCGAUGGUUGACAAGAGCAUAAAAACAGGAGUCUCCUUAGCACGGGCAAAGCGGCUGGGGCUGGAGACUGCGGCCCUGCCCUUGGAGAAGUACUUGCUGUGGAACAGCGGUGCCAAAAAUCUCACGCUGGAUCAAAUGAUGCAAAUUUUGUUAACCUUGAAGGAUACUGGAGACUGGAAGAAGGCUCUGGAAUUUGUCCCCAAAAGGAAAUACAGCAGCUUUAUAAGCAAGCCUGUCCAUGAACUGCAAAAAACCUUAAACCUGAUCAACACACUUAAACUUGGCAAGAGACAGGAGGAGGUUCGAAAGCAGCAUGCCAAGAACUACUCUAAGAAGCUAAUACAAAAGUAG